CCCUGUCAUGAUUUGUGCAAGCCUAGGAAUUCAUCUCGGACCUCCCAGUAUUCGUUGCAGCUUCAGGCCAAAGUGCCUGUAAAAGCGGUUUUCUUUUAAAGACUUCGGAUAUCGUUUAGCCUCUCUACGUCCUUUCUCUCUCUCCUCCCCCCUUUCCCCCAAAUGGGGGGAUCGAUAUUUUAGUAUGUCGAUCGUGAGGAAAUUCUGCACUUCAGCUUUAAAAGCGUCUCCCUCUCUUUCAAGCUCUUGCCUUCUACUAAAAAGAAAAGGAAGAAAAAGAAAAAGGGGGGGAGAAGGGGGAGAGAGAAAAACAGUGAAGCAUUCCUUAAUGGAAGUAUUGCAUGCAAAGAAGGCUGGAUCUCUUUAAGGCUCCCCUGAAGUUGGAGAUGCACACACAAGGGCUCCCUGCCUGGGUGGUCUCCCUACUUUGGUGAGCUGUUGCUAAGCAGCUAAUAAUAGUCAUGUUUGCUGAGUAAUUUCUGCCCUCUUUGAGCCAAUAGCAGCCCAGAAACCCAAGCCAUCUGACAGCCCCAGGGGCGGGAUUUCAGCUCUCCCCCCCCAGCUCUCUUUCUCCCCUCUCCCUUUCACCCCUCCUCCUCCUCUUUAUCCAAAUGGAGAGAGUUCCUUUCCCCCCACCUCCCCUCCUUCAUCUCAUCUAUUGAAGCAAGGGAGCUGCUGCCUGCUGCCGCAGACACGCAGAGGAAGAAAGCGCGAGAGACACACGCAUCUCGCGGAGAGUGGGAGCCCUGAGAGCUCGUAAGCGACAGCUCGGCACCCAGGCAGAAUGAUACAGCCCGCCGAGACAGAGCAGCAGCACUGAGAUCAAGGCUCUCGCCAGUCCUCCUUUUGCUUUGGCGAGAAAAAGAGACCGGGGCGGGGAGGGGGGAGUCUGGGUUUUCAUCAAGCGGCCGAACGGUGAAGAGCCCGGAGAGCAAUUCAAGCCGAAAGAGCAGAGGUAGGGGGGGAAGGCGAAGCCGCCGAGAGUGCCUGGCCCCGCUCACCCUCGCACACUGGAUGUGGGACGCGGCAGCGGCAAAGACCUCUGGAUCAUCACGAAAUGUUGCAAUGGAAGGCUUGGGGUCUGACUCGCCGGGAGCAGCUAGAGCAGCAACUUCAGCAGCAGCAGCCAACGCGGUAUGAAGAAGUGGUCUGUCAGCAGCAGAGAAUCGCCCCCAAGUCAGCCAGCCCCCGGUCCCCCUGGGUCGUCCCAAAGCAGCAGCAGCAGCGCGCUGGGGGGAACCGCAGAGGACCCAGCCUCUGGGUCGCCAAAACAACAGCAGCGCCAGCAGCCCCGGCUCUGCGGCGGCAACAUGGCCUCAGCUGUUAAUGCCUCAGAGCCGGAGAACAGCGGCGGCGGAGGAGAUGGAGGAGGCGGUUGUAGAGAGCCAGAGCAGCCGGGACGAAGCAGCAGCAGGAGGCGGAGAAGAACCGGCGGGAACAGACGCGCCGCGCCUCCUGAUCUGGAAUAUCUGCAGCGGCCGAGCUACUGUGAUGCAGGGUUCGCCUUAGAGCAGAUAGCAAAGGGAAAGGCUACUGGAAGAAAAUCACCACUGUGGCUAAGAGCAAAGUUUCAGAGACUGUUAUUUAAACUGGGCUGUUACAUUCAAAAAAACUGUGGGAAAUUUUUGGUGGUUGGCCUUCUGAUAUUCGGGGCUUUUGCUGUGGGAUUAAGAGCAGCCAAUCUUGAAACCAAUGUGGAGGAGCUCUGGGUAGAAGUUGGUGGACGAGUGAGUCGGGAGUUAAGUUACACACGCCAGAAGAUUGGAGAAGAGGCCAUGUUCAAUCCCCAACUCAUGAUUCAGACACCACAAGAGGACUGUGCUAAUGUGCUAACAGCAGAAGCAGUCCAACAGCACCUUGAUUCUGCACUUCAAGCCAGCAGGGUUCAUGUGUAUAUGUACAACAGACAAUGGAAAUUGGAACACCUAUGUCAUAAAUCAGGGGAACCAAUCACAGAAACAGGUUACAUGGACAAGAUCAUAGAACAUCUUUACCCUUGUCUAAUCAUCACACCUUUGGACUGCUUCUGGGAGGGUGCAAAGUUACAGUCAGGGACUGCAUAUCUACCAGGGAAACCCCAUUUGCAGUGGACCAACUUUGACCCCUUAGAAUUCUUAGAAGAGUUAAAGAAAAUAAACUCGCAAGUAGAUACCUGGGAAGAAAUGCUAAAUAAGGCAGAAGUUGGACAUGGGUAUAUGGAUCGACCGUGCCUGAAUCCUGAAGAUCCUGACUGUCCUGUCACAGCACCCAACAAAAAUUCAACUAAACCUCUUGACGUGGCCCUUGUUUUAAGUGGUGGAUGCUACGGGUUAUCAAAAAAAUACAUGCAUUGGCAGGAAGAGCUGAUUGUUGGUGGCACAGUUAAAAAUGGUACUGGGAAACUUGUCAGUGCACAGGCUUUACAAACCAUGUUUCAGUUAAUGACUCCUAAACAAAUGUAUGAGCACUUCAAGGGGUAUGACUAUGUUUCACACAUCAACUGGAAUGAGGAUAAAGCAGCUGCAAUUCUGGAAGCCUGGCAGAGGAUGUAUGUUGAGAUCGUUCAUCAAAGUGUGGCACAAAACUCUACACAGAAGGUGCUUUCGUUUACUACAACUACUCUGGAAGACAUCCUAAAAUCAUUUUCUGACGUCAGUGUUAUCCGAGUUGCCAGUGGCUAUCUAUUAAUGCUUGCCUACGCCUGUUUAACCAUGCUGCGGUGGGACUGUGCUAAGUCCCAGGGUGCUGUGGGGCUGGCAGGAGUCUUGUUGGUUGCUCUCUCAGUAGCUGCAGGAUUGGGGCUAUGCUCAUUGAUUGGGAUUUCCUUUAAUGCUGCCACAACUCAGGUUUUACCCUUUCUUGCUUUAGGAGUUGGUGUGGACGAUGUCUUCCUUUUGGCACAUGCAUUUAGUGAAACUGGGCAGAACAAGAGAAUUCCAUUUGAGGCUAGAACAGGGGAAUGUCUGAAACGCACUGGGGCAAGUGUGGCCCUUACAUCUAUCAGUAAUGUUACUGCAUUCUUCAUGGCUGCCUUAAUUCCCAUUCCUGCUCUUCGGGCAUUUUCACUCCAAGCUGCUGUGGUAGUGGUAUUCAACUUUGCCAUGGUUCUGUUAAUUUUUCCUGCUAUUUUGAGUAUGGAUCUCUACCGCCGUGAAGAUCAGAGAUUGGAUAUCUUCUGUUGCUUUACAAGCCCAUGUGUCAGCAGAGUGAUUCAGAUUGAACCUCAAGCAUAUGCAGAGACGGGUGACAACACAAGUUAUAGCCCUCCACCACCCUACAGCAGCCACAGUUUUGCACACAAAACUCAAAUCACAAUGCAGUCCACAGUCCAGCUGCGCACUGAAUAUGACCCUCACACUCAGAUUUACUAUACCACAGCAGAACCUCGCUCAGAAAUAUCUGUACAACCAGUCACAGUGACACAAGAUAACCUCAGCUGCCAGAGCCCAGAAAGUGCAAGUUCAACCAGGGAUCUCCUUUCCCAGUUCUCAGAAUCUACCCUGCAUUGUCUUGAGCCACCCUGUACUAAAUGGACACUGUCCUCUUUUGCUGAAAAGCAGUAUGCGCCAUUCCUAUUAAAAUCAAAAGCAAAGAUUGUGGUGGUUUUUCUUUUUCUGGGGUUACUUGGCCUCAGCCUUUAUGGAACAACCCGUGUGAGAGAUGGACUUGAUCUUACAGACAUUGUGCCACGGGAAACACGGGAAUAUGACUUCAUUGCGGCCCAGUUCAAGUAUUUCUCAUUCUACCACAUGUACAUAGUUACGCAGAAAGCGGAUUAUCCCAACAUCCAGCACUUACUAUAUGAACUGCACAAAAGUUUCAGCAAUGUGACGUAUGUUUUGUUGGAAGAAAACAAGCAACUUCCCAAAAUGUGGUUGCACUAUUUUAGAGACUGGCUACAAGGGCUUCAGGAGGCUUUUGAUAGUGACUGGGAAUCUGGGAAGAUCACAUACAACAAUUACAAAAAUGGAUCCGAAGAUGCUGUUCUAGCUUACAAGCUUCUGGUUCAGACAGGCAUCCGAGAUAAACCUGUUGAUAUUAGCCAGUUGACUAAACAGCGGCUUGUGGAUGCAGAUGGAAUCAUUAACCCAAAUGCUUUCUACAUCUACCUGACAGCCUGGGUUAGCAAUGACCCUGUGGCCUACGCUGCCUCUCAAGCCAACAUCCGGCCCCACCGUCCAGAAUGGGUCCAUGAUAAAGCAGACUAUAUGCCAGAAACCAGGUUGAGAAUUCCAGAAGCUGAGCCUAUUGAAUAUGCUCAGUUUCCUUUCUACCUCAAUGGACUGCGUGAUACUUCUGACUUUGUGGAAGCUAUUGAAAAAGUGAGAGCGAUCUGCAAUAAUUACACCAGCCUUGGGGUUCCCAGUUAUCCAAAUGGAUAUCCAUUUCUGUUUUGGGAACAAUAUAUUGGUCUUCGUCAUUGGCUUCUCUUGGCCAUCAGUGUGGUUCUGGCUUGCACAUUCCUGGUGUGUGCCCUCUUUCUUCUCAACCCUUGGACAGCUGGGAUCAUUGUGGUGGUGCUGGCUCUGAUGACAGUGGAACUCUUUGGCAUGAUGGGUCUGAUUGGAAUAAAGCUGAGUGCAGUGCCUGUAGUCAUCCUGAUUGCUUCUGUUGGAAUUGGAGUGGAGUUCACUGUUCACAUUGCCUUGGCAUUUCUGACUGCCAUAGGAGACAAGAAUCGCAGGGCUGUCCUUGCAUUAGAACACAUGUUUGCGCCUGUCUUGGAUGGAGCUGUGUCUACUCUGCUUGGUGUAUUAAUGCUUGCAGGAUCUGAGUUUGACUUUAUUGUCAGGUAUUUCUUUGCUGUUUUGGCAAUUUUAACCAUUCUGGGUGCUUUAAAUGGAUUGGUGCUACUCCCCGUUGUCCUUUCCCUUUUUGGACCAUAUCCUGAGGUUUCUCCAGCCAAUGGAAGGAGCAGGUUACCUACCCCCUCUGCAGAACCUCCCCAAAGCAUUGUGAGAUUUGCCAUACCACCAGAUCAUGCUCAGAACGGAUCAGAUUCUUCUGAUUCUGAAUAUAGUUCGCAGACCACAGUGUCGGGAAUCAGUGAGGAGCUCCAUCAGUAUGAGUCCAUCCAAAGGCCUGGUGCCCCAGUCCGCCAAGUAAUUGUUGAAGCAACAGAAAAUCCUGUAUUUGCCAGAUCCACUGUGGUUCAGCCAGAGCCAAGGUGUCAUCAGCCAAGUCCAAGAUUACAUGCUAACCAAGAGUCUGGAUCCCAGCAAACAUGGCAUCAAAAUAAGCAACCCAAAAGGGAACCAAGGGAAGGAUUUAGGCCACCCCCUUACCGGCCACGCAGGGAUGCUUUUGAAACGUCUACUGAUGGGCAUUUCUGCCCUAGUAACAGGGACUGCUUUAGCCAGAGAACUCGUUCUCAGAACAUGAGAAACCCAGCCUUCACUGCCACAGGCACUUCAGCGCCAGCAUACUGCCAGCCUAUCACUACUGUGACUGCCUCAGCUUCAGUUACUGUUGCUGUACACCCUGCUGUGCACAGCCACAAAACUCAUGGAGGAGGCUUCCCACCCUAUGAGGGAUACCACAAAACCGACCAUGGACAAUUUGAGGACCCCCAUGUGCCUUUUAAUGUCCGAUGUGAGAGGAGGAACUCUAAAGUAGAAGUAAUAGAACUGCAGGAUGUUGAAUGUGAAGAAAGAACUCAUGGCAACAGCUUAGAUUAAGGGAAAUAACUGAAGCAAAGAAGAGGCCAAAGAUGGGAAACCUCCUCUUUCCAGAACUGCUUGAAGAGAAACUGCUUGAAGUUAUGGAGAAGGACAUGCUGCAUCAGGGCAACAGUUCAGUUACUGUAACCUAUUGUAUUAUUUUGUGAAAUAUUUUUAUAAAUAUUUAAAAGAUGUACACAUGUAAUAUUCAAGAGGAAACUGUAAAGUAGUAUAAUCUGGAGUUGUUUCAACUCCUGUUUAACAGAGUAGGGACUAUUUGUUUGUACUCUGUACUUAUUGUACAUUGAUCUCUGUGCCACAACUAAGCUUAAUCUAGUCGUACAUUUCAGCAUAUGUUGCUGCUGCUUAAAUAUUGUAUAAUUUACGUGUAUAAUUCUAUGCAAAUAUUGCUAAUGUAUUAGGAUUUUUUUGUAAAGGUACAUAUGUGUGUGAGUCUGUUAAAGUAUUUUAAAAAUUCCAUAUCACAGCCCUGUGGUAGUAUGAAAUAUUUCUGUUAACUUUCAAACACGCUAUGCGUGAUAAUUGUUUUCUUUUUCUGUUUUUUUCUUUUUUUAAAAAAAAUGAGCAGUUAUGAAGAGCAGUGUGUUUAACCUUGAUGAAUGAAAUAGGUGUAGCUACUUUUGGGUUUUGUUUUUGUGAGAAGUGUGUUUGUAUACUGUAGUUUAUGGAGCACAGACUAUCAGGAACUUCCAUCACAUGCCCCACCAAAAUUCUUCUUGCAUGUGCAAAUUCACAAGUCUUGCACUACUUAAUCACCAGGUCAUGUACAAGAGAUUUUCACAGAAGAUUUUGCCCACUGCAUAAUAAUUCUUGGUCUUAAUACCUGGCCAGGUAAUACCAGGUAAUACCUUUAAUACCUAAAGCUCCAAUCUUACACACAUUUUAUUGUGAAUAAGUUCCAAUGAAAUUAGUGGGACUUCCAUAGUUGGUAUUUGACUAAGUUGUACCCAGAAUAGACCCAUUGAAACCAAUGGACUUCAGUUAGUCAUAACUGAAUCCAUUAGUUUCAAUGGGUCUAUUUGCCAUAUGACUUAGUUGGAUAUCACUACAUGUAGGAUUGUACCUAAUCUUGUAGAAAACUAAUGAAAAUAUUCUAAGAGCUUAAUAGCUACUGACAUAAUCAAAGAACAGAGAUAGACAGAAGAGUGGAGAGACUGGGGAUUAGCAUUUGUGGGUUGUGGCUUCCAUUGUACUGUGCUUUACUUUAGGCAAACUACAUCAGAUGCCUGUGCCUCUUUUUUUCAUAUGUACAAUGGCUAGAAUUGUGUCUCCCUAUAGUGAUGAAGGUUUUCAUCCAAAGUGAAUCAUACCACAACACAAAAUAAGAAUUGAUUGAAGCUGGCUAGUGAAAGGCCUUGGGAUGUGCUAAUUGCAUUUUGAUAAUCUUUAUAGAGGCAGUUGUUGCUGCAUUCUGAACAUAGUACAGCUAAUAUAGCCAUAGUUCAUAAUCUUCAUCCCCAUAGUUUUCUGAAAACUUCAGGUAAAUAACAGGCAGCUUCCAUUCAGGAAGUAGUUAAACUGAUCUCUUAAUACAGCUAUUAACCCUGGGAGAGGCAUAACUCUGUUCAGAUAAUGCCUGAACUGGAAGGCCUAGUUGAAAUAAUCACCUGAGCAAGAAGGCAUGAUGUUUCAGUGGUAUAUAAGCUACUGUUUAGAAGGAUAGCAAAGCUCAAUCAACUGCUCCAGUUUCCCGUCUAACAUGAAAACUUUUGUGGCAAAAUGCUGCCAGGCCCUAAAUGAGCACUGUGUGGUGAUGUCAAAUAAUGAAAAACAAAAAACUCUGCAACAAACUUAAUUGCAAGCUACCUUCCACUGCCAACACUGCAGCAGCAGUCAUGAU